AUGUCCUUUGCAAACUAUAGUGUAUUCAGAGCGUUUGCUAUAUUUGCUGGAGUGUUCGGAAUAUUCCAAUCGCUAAUAUGGAUCGGUUUUGCUAUAACCGGAAUCAUCGCGUAUUACUGCGAUUUAAAUCUAUCCGGUCAGUCAGAAACACUUGGGUCGCUGCUAACGAUGACAUUUUUUCACCAAUAUUUCGAAGGCACGUGUACGAUGACGAACAUUCCUAAUAUAGACAUGACAGCAGUGCGGGCACUUAACCUACUGUCACCCGGCGAUUUUCACGCUUGGGUUUGGGUUUACCUGAUCCUGCACAUUUUCUGGGCCAUCAGCUCUCUGACACUACUCACCAAUGCUCGUGAAAAAUACGUCCGUUACAUCAACGUAUUUCUAUAUAUUUGGAUAGCUUUAACCGUCGUUAUAAGCGUUCUUGACCUUGCGUUGGGAAUUCAGUUCGGUGUGGACUACGAUACGAUCAUUCAUGCCUUGUUUCUUCGUCCGUAUCCGGCUACAACCGCUGCAGACCAAACCCUCAUCAUGGCGGUUACUGUAUCCGGCAUAAUGAUGGUCAUGGCUUUCCGCGGCUGGAUAUUCUGGGCCGUCAAUGUAGGUCUGGCGGUCUAUCUGUUUACGCAAUCAAUCGUUAUCUACGAUUACAACCAGCUGCGAAGAAAGAGCGGUAUGACCAACGGAGGAUUCACAGAGGAUAACAGUGGAGUCCGUCGGCAGCCUAUUGAUGCCUACGAUAUGGGUCAAGCCCGUCGCAUCAGCCAAGAAGAGCCACGCAGACCGUACAUCCCGCCCAGUAACUAUCGUCGACCGUUGGAACGCAUCAAUGAACAACCCCGUGAAGCGAUCGCCGUUGUCGAGCGACCCGCCCCGCAGCAGCCACCACAGCAGCAAGAUUGGUCCAGCAAUCAAAGAACAUUUACUCCCCAACCGGGCCCUUCGGCAGUCCGUCCAUUCGAAACCUUACAACGCCCGCAAUCCUUCACCGAACCGGAAGAAGUUAGACCCGAUCCCCCGAAGCCGAUUCCUCCGCCGCCGCCACCUAAAAACUUUAAUAUGAACACAGUGGUACGGAGAGACGCAGCAGCUGCCAAAGUGGCUCAGGAGUUGAACUACAGGAAUAGUAUGAACAUGUCCAACGGAAACACCAGCAAUGGACUGCGAACGUUUGGUGCUGCACCGGCGGCGACUGGUAAUGAAGCUGAUCUACCGAUGGCAAACUACAGUCCACCAAUGCCGCGAACAAAUCCGUUCGAAAAUCGACCGCCACUAAGGUCCGUGUUGCGGAGCACGAGAUAUCAGUAG